CUCAUUUAAUUAGAGAUAUAGUUUAUUGUGGUUGCUUACUGGUAUUACUUCUGACCUGUGUUGUAGUAGACAAUUAAUGGAGUUGACGUCAAAGACUGCUGGCUGUACAAUAAUCUCUGUUUGUCUCUUGCACAAGCAAUGAAACUUCCUUGCAUGAAUCAUGAAGUCACUAAACUCUUGGGAACAUUUGUCAUAAUAGGUGGAUGUAUUCUAGUGAAUAUAUGGCAAGGGUUUUCUAGCCCAUGGUUUUAAGCAUUGUAUCACCUUCACUUUGUAUCCACCUACUUCAAUCCAUCCUUCAACAUCUUCAACCUCGCUCCUUCCCUAUGCUAUUGGGAUGCUAUCUCCUAACAGAUCCUCUCAGCAGAUCCUGUCCCAGGAUUCUACUGAGUUCUAAUCAUUCAUCUUUAGGCCAUGUAAUUGGAAUUUGCCCCCAUACACAUGUUCUGGAUUCAAGAGAUGUAUUUAGAAUUUGUACAAAGAACAUGUCCUCUCUCUUUUUGGAGUCUUUUUUAUGUUUCCCCUUCACUUUGAAAUUGUCCUGAACUCUUCCCUCUAGUGUUUGAGAUUUUGUCUUUUCCAGCAACUGUCCCUAGCCUUGUGAUAAAACCACACAGACAGUAACUUACUCUAUUACUUCUCUGAGUCUGAAAAGUUAGUGCUCCCUGAGAACUUGUCUGCUCUCAGCUAUACUGCUUCGCCUUCAAAAGAGUGUUUUGAGUCAUUUACUAUUUGCACAGGAAGGUAAGCCUGGUAGAAGCUCACCCAGCCACACUGGAAGUUAAUUUCAAUAGAACAAUGCUAGACAUCCUUGAGCUCAAUUAGUGUCAAUCCUUCUACUUGUGAUCUGUAAUGUUUUAAACAGUCUAGACUCAAGUAUACAGUCAUCAAUACCUGCAGCUAUUGUACUAUGGUUUAGAAACAUUUAUUUUUUUCACUAAUGGCAACCAAUUGUGGGUAUGUUAAUAUUAAUAACUGCCCCUCUCUGAUAUCUGAUUCAUUGCCAAUAAAAUGGACACUUAGACCAUGAGAUAUAGAUUAAUAGGUAAUCCUGUGGAGAUAAAGACUUGAACUCAGAAAGAUUUAUGAAUGAAAUAAUUUAGUCACUUAAGGCUUGCACUCUUUCUCCAAUGCUUGCUUUAUUUUUAGUGUAGGAAGCAGGAGGAUCGGUGUUGAGGAAGGGAUUGGUAUGGUGAGAAGGUGGGAGUGAGAAGGAGGAGCUGUGAAGCUCAUCAUGGUAGCCAAGACCAUAGAAACAUUUCAAUACACUAGGACUUUACUUUGUGUAUAAAUUAUAUACAAAUUUAUUUUGUGUGUUUGUGGAGCUACCAAAUUUUUUUCCUUGGCUAAGCUACAGUAAAAUCUGGAAUUUUUCUCCUGGCCCUUGAUUAUUGUCCCUAAUAAAAUACAGUUUUAUUAAAAUGACCCAAGCUCUAGUUUAGCACUCUGGAUAUAAUUUAUUUUAAUAAUUAAAAUACAAUUAUAUAAUUUCCCUUUCCUCUGUUCUCCCACAUGCCUCCCUUGCUCUCUCAAAUUCAUGGCCUCUUUUCCUUUGAUUAUAUAUAUUUGCACAACUUGACGGCCCAUGUUCUCCCUAAUAGUCAUAGAAAAUCUAAAAUAGCCCCAACUCCAGGCAUGAUAAGCCCUGAUUUGAAUUUGAAGGACACCUCAGACUUUAUAGUCUAUUGCUAUUACUCUUGCUUACCCAAGAGAGGUGGAAGGUAAGUCCCUGCUGCUGAUAACCUAAUGCUUCCCAGACACAGGACCCAAAGGUCCCAGGCUGGAUAUGAUCUGAAAGCCUUACCCUUGAGAUCUGGCUUUUCAUCUUUUGUCUUCUCUCAGUUAUUUUUGUUCUCCAUAACCUGCAUUCAUCAAGAAGUCUGCUAGGUCUGUUUAUCUGGCGAACCCUAUUCCUGAUAGACAUUCUCAGUAAAUAGCUUUCUUCUGACUCUGCUCCUAGACUAUAGAUCCUCAUUUGUUCAUGUCGUACUCAGAAUGGAGUUCAAUUUAUGUUGUAUUUUUUUCUCCUAUCAGCAAUGGUUCAGAAAAAAAUUUUUGAAUACUUUAUUAUUUUUCUCUGGUCUUUUAUUUUCUGAUAACUCUUAGAAAUGUACCCAAAUAUGAUUUGUAGAUUUGAAGAAACCAUCAUUUAGCUGAUACUUAAAGGUAAAAUUUCUAUCUCCACAUAAUCUUAACUGUUUUUAUUAAAAUGUCUAACCCUGUCUCCUCUUUCUGUGAAGAAGUGACACCUCAUCCUUAAGUGGGCAGCACAGGGCAGCCUCCUGAUGAGAGGCAAGAAACUCGAGACUCUGCAUUGCUCAAGAGCUCCUUGAGGAAUAACUGUAAAAAUGCUGUUGUAAUAGAACUUCAUAUUCAAAUUGACUCUUAUUCUUAGGGUGUCAAAGUGCUUUAUCAACAUGAAUUGCUAGAAACCUUUUAGGUUAAUUAAAAUGAACAGGUUUCCUAGACACAGAAGGUGACUGCUUUUAUACUUGGGGGGAUGUUUCUCUGUGUGAGCAAAUUUAAGUACAAAUAAGUCCUUUGACUAAUCAGAGACAUUUUAAGAAGUAGUGAAUUCAACAUUACACCGCAAACAGAUUGCCACAUCCCAUUGCUCUUCAGAAUAAUAAUGAUAAUAAUUUCGUGGUUCAUAAGUAGAGGCAUUCAUAGUCUUAUUUGUGCUACUAUAUAUUCAGUGGUUGCAGGCAGUCCUGUGUUGUGCUUGGCACCCUACAUGCAAUAGUGCAUUGUUUGCUUAUAAGGACACUGCAAUGCAGGUCUUAUCUUCUCUUUAUGCUAUAGCAAUAUAGGUUUUAUCUACACUUGACAGUUCAGGAAACCAAGGUUUAAGGAAGUUGAAUAGCUUAUCACUCUCAUGGAUCUAGCAAGUGCCAGAGCUGGGAUGAUAGUCUAGGUUUUUGAGCUAGCUGUCCAUAUUUUUCUCCUCCAACGGCAUUGCAAGUUCCUUCUCUAUUUCUAUGCUCCAGGACAAUAUAACAUAUCCCUACCAGAAAUAGACUGCCAUUGCAGACUCAAGGAUUUAGACUUGGAGUUAUACAAUGGUAAGAAGAGGAGAUGAAGCCAGACUGCUGGUGGAAGUCAGAACAUGGAGUGGAGGUGGGGGCUUGCCAAACAAGCCAAGGCAUUUGGACUUUUUCUCCAUAUGUCAUCCUGCUUAUCAAUAUUCAUGCAGCACUCAGAGAUCCAAUUAGCAAGGGAAGGAAUUUUUGCUCUCUAAGGAUAUACUGUGACUGUCACUACAGUAAAGACAUUACCAAAUUGUAUUCUCCUAGCAACCCUCUGUGGUAAAUCCCCGUGUUCUUUUCAAGGACCUUGAAAUUAAGACUCAGGAAGGUUAAAGGAUCCGUGUAAGGUUGUAUAGCUCAUAAAAAUGCCAUCAGUUCAUUAAACCCCAAUGGUUUGUCUCACCAUUCUCACAAUGUUUGACAGCCCUGCACUACUUAGAUUUGAUGGUCACAUUAGAUUGCACCUAAUGUGUCCUUUACAGGACACUAUAUAUAGAUUUCAUAUCACAUCCUGACCCUUUGGCUAAGUCGACUAUAGGAUUCCUGUUCAUAGAGAGCAUGCCAUUGGCAAAUUUACAUUUAGAGACAAUUGUGAUUUUCCAAAUGGUCAGAACCCCCAACAUACAAGAGCAUUAAAAGAAAUACCAGUAUUGGGUGUCUAGAACUUUUGCUACAGACAGGCUUGCUCAGAUUCAGGUCCAGGCAGAAGCACUCUGUUGACGUUGUGAUUUGUGUUGUGUGCACAGAAUUGUUUAUGAUGUUCAGAUGUCCCUAAAAUACCUAGGAUUGAUGUUGAGGUCUGCAGGAUGUAGGUUAUUACUGCAUCAUGCAGGGGGCUGUGCUGUGGACAUAGUGACUGUCCACUGGCAAAGCAAGCAGGCAUGUUGACUGAAGCUGUCCUCCAGAAUGAAUUCAAUUUUACAAAUAUUCCUAUAGAAUUGGGCACUUCUAUACUGUGAAAGAAUGGUACUGUUGUAGCAUACUUUACAUUCAAGUAUUUUUGGGAGUGUUUUCCAGUGAAAUGGGAUAUGUAGGCAUGAAAGUGUGAUGCUAGUACUCGCUUAUGAGCCUUAGAAUUACUAAGUUAUUCCUUAACUGUUGCCUCCUUUUCUAAGUUCAGGUUCUUCUCUUAUUACUGGUUUGCCACUCAUGUUGCUUAUUUCUCUGCUUGCCCUCUGCCACAAAAGAUACUAUUGUCUACUGUGCUUUCUGAAUGCCAAUUUGCAUGAAGGGGAAGAAGCCACGUCUUUAAUGAUACUAUUUUUAAGUGACCCUCUAUGAACCCGCAGCAUACCAGGGCAUGCAGGCAUCGCAGAUGGUGAAAGGAAAGAGUCAGGGGACGCAAGAUCGUAGAAAACUGGAACAUCCCUGAUCAGCAGGGAGAGGAGAGCAAGAUAGUUUCUCAGCGCAUGCUGAAUCUAGAUCCCUAAUCUUUAGCUUGAUGUCUCAGACUAUUUUUUCAAUUCUAUUGAGCAAUCAGAUGUGAAAUCUCCACAAAAUAUUUAAGCAAAAUGAGCAUGUGAUAAAAAAAAUAGCUAUACUUUAGGAACAUCAUAUUCAGAGCAGGGCAGAGACUAUUUGUAUAAUUAUUAUUUUUUGAAAAGCUUAUUUAUUUAUUUAUUUACUUUUAUUUUACAGACAGGGUUUCUCUGUCCUGGACUUGCUCUGCAGACCAUGGCAGUCUGGAACUCACAGAGAUCUUCCAGCCUCUGCCUUCCUAGUGCUGGGAUGAAAAGUGUGUGCCACCAUGGCCCCAGCCUUUGAAAAGCUUAUUGUGACAUUUUUAAAAAUAAUUUGAGGCUCAAUGAUAUCAUUGAAAAUAUAGAGAGAGUUUUAAAACUCUACAGUAGAGUAUUUAUAGACUUUAAAAAAAUUUUUGGACUUGAAAAUAUUUAGAGAAGUAUUGUUAUGAUAUCGAUAAGAAAUAUGGUUUAGUGUAAUGAAAUGAUUUUCUGUACUGCAGUAGGAAUAAAGGGGCUCUCAGUAGUAUAGCUGUGCACAAUGCAGCGUUCAGAGUUUUGAUUUCCUUGUCAGCAAGAGGAAGAAAAUACUCUAGGCAUCUUCUGUGCUUGGGGAAUUCAGAGGCAGACAGUUGUCUCUAAACGUAAAUGUAUAGUGGGUUGUCCAGAGUAGAAGCUGAUAUGUAGCUUUAAUUCCACUGGGAAGAUUGAAAGUGACCCCGUACCAAGGGUGAGGAGUAGAUAUACCAUACGAUGUUUGUGACUGGUGCCUGAAGGGUGGUUCUUCUCUGCCCAUGUCUGACUUAUGCUGAACAACACUAGCACUGGUCCCUAUGUCCCUGGAUCAUGUCCUUCAGAGCAAUCCACUUGAUAUUUGUCGUUUCGCACAUAGAUUCAAAGGACCAGAGCAAUUAAAACAAGAGUCCUUAGACAUUGGUAGACAACAAACAACAAUGACUAGUGGGGAGAGUAGAAAGCCAUUUCUAAAUGAGACUUAAAAAAUAUUACUCAUUUGGGUUUUGUCUGUCUACUGUCAUUUCUUACACUGGAAGCAAGAAAGCCAAGCAGGGCUGAUGACAACGAAGGAUUUAAUGUGUGGCACGAUUAAGGGGAAUCCUAGCUCUAUAUGACCACUGUUUGUGACACUCUGGAUCAAUUAACUAUCAAUUAAUCAGUCUCCAAUUCCUGUUCUAUCAAAUGGAAAUACUUACGUCUAAGUAGAAUCAUGGAUGGAAUACAUAAAAAGUCACCUUCUUUUUAAAACUUUGCUAAUUAUGCUCACUCUUCCCCCUAAAGAGGGUUCAGAAUCGAAUAAAUCAAAGAGAUUCAGAGACAACAGGAGAGUCAUAUUUAGGCAGCAAUUGACUUUUUUUCUUGGAUAAGAAAAAUUAUACAUCUGCUUCUAAAAUAUGAAGAGUGGUGGCUGUGAUUCAUGCACACAUGAUUCACAGAGAAAUCUGGAGCUGAAACACAGCGAAACUAAUAAUAUUCCGCCCUUGUGACUAUAGCUUGCCUAAGCUCAGAAUGUGUACCCAGAGUCAGGGCUGUCAUCCCCAGGACAAGUAUGGCACUUCCUUGAUUUAGCAACAGUGAUACAAGCAGAAAAGAUUGUGAUUUCCCCAUAGCAUACAUCCCAAAGUUAGCUCCAUCUACGGCAGCUGCAGCAUCUCUCUUCUCCACUUGCUUGGUUCUUAUCUCUACCGACAUCUGGUACUUGUGCAGAACCAGCAUAACAGCUUCUCUUAGGUGUCUCCAUCUUCAUUUUCAAGAGACCCAUUCUUCCUCUUCUCACUGGAAUGGACUUACUUAUUGGUCAGAGGUCCACUGUAAGACUGAUAAUACAGUCAUCAAUCCAAGUAUGAAGGAGAUACAGGAUGAGUCCUGGAAUUGUCAUCUUCUCACAGCCCCAUCUUUACUCGGUCUAUCUCAACAUAAAUUUGCUCACCAAAAAAAGAACUUACAACGAUUUAUAUUUUAUGAGGAUUGUAAACACAUGCAUACAGCACACAUUUCAUGAAGUCAGCAUCGCCAUUGAUACCUGCUCUUUGGUUUCCUUUCAUUGUUGGAAAAUCUGACCUAAUUUUGUUGGCGCCUGCUAUGCACUCUAUGUAUUUAUCAUUCAUCUUUUGUUGCAAUGUAUGGCCACCAUCAUCCUGCUUCAUGUUUCACUUUUCCUCUGACGUUGUCCAUUGCCCCUCAGAAUCUUCUAAGAGCCAAUUACUUUAUAGAUACAUAAUGCACUAUCACUCUUUGCCAUCCAUCCUUCUGCUGGAUAGUUUAAUGAUUGCAGGAAAUAUCAAGGUUUUCUAGGAAUUUAUUCACCCUGAAUAAAUUGAAGAAGUGUAACUCUGGUUACCAUGCUGAAUUCAGUGGGUGUAUGUACUCGGCACAUUACUUCAGUGGGUGUAGUACAGUACUGCACUAUGCAUACUCUGUGCUUGAUAAUGCCAUGGUAAAUGUGAGUAUGACCUCUCCUCUCAUUGAACUUGGAGAGUUCAGAUCCUCAUUCACCUAAAAAUAGAUACUUAGCAGAAUCAGAAAGGCCAAAGACAGUUUGGGAAAGAAAAGGUUUCAUGAAUCAGGAAAGGUACAUAUUUGGGGGACCCUAGACUGGAAAGAACCAGGACACCAACCUGGCAGUUCCAAGGUGGUGUCUGUUUUGCCUAUUUAAGUGCCUGAGUAACCGAGUGAAUCUUUGAGUUUCUAUUUAGUUUUCAAAGUCUAACAUAAAUAUCAUCAGAAGGCGAACAUGAAUCUGAAUGUAAUCCCAUUCUCAUUACACCACAUAAUGUCUUCUAUUCCUUCACUUUCAGUGCUACCCAGGUUUGGGUAACAUAUUGCAAGAGCACUAUAAUGACAGAAGCUCUUUGUUGGGCUGUCUGUCAGUGUAGAGCAAGUUGUCCCUUAAUGGAUUCUGUGAGGUAGCUGCUAUUGUAUCCUCUUUAGGAGAAGGAAUGAGGCUCAGAGAAAUAAAUCAUCCUGUCUACAGAUACAUAGUUGAUGACAAAACAGACAUGUCAGAGUUAUGAAAACACAGUCCUCCCUAAUGUAAUCUAGUAGCUGUUGUUUCUAAAGAUGUCUGAAAUAGUAUUUGCAGUGUUGUCCCACUUGGUGGGACACCAGAGAGUGAUGUGAUCUCCCACUAAGGGGCAGAGUCUUUCUCCAUUUCCUGGAAGUUGAGCCAGCUCUGUCACAUGGCUUAAAGAGCAGAACAUGGCCAGAGGGAUGCUGUUUACUUUCCGAGGCAGAGGCGUAAAGGAGCCACAGCAUCUGUUCUGCCUCCUGGGUUUUGUUCUCAGUGAGAUCAGGAACUAUGACUUCAGAGAGAGAAGGGGUGGGUGGGGUAUUCCUAUUUGAUGGAGUUUUACUCAUUCACUCCCAUUCCAAAGCUGAUCUUGAGUUACCAGAUGUGUUAUUAAUAAUUUUGUUCUCUGUUUGGCUUUUAGUUGGCAAUAGUUUUCUUCAUUCUUCCACAAUGUGGGAAGGAUCAAUCAGUUCCUACCUUCAUCUGACAAGUUUCAGGGUAAACGUGUGCAUUAUUUGAUAUCUGGGGCGCGCACUAACUAUCUUAAGUAGCCAUACCAUCUUCUUCGGACUUUUGAAAGAAUUGUAAGCCAAGGACCCUUCUGGGUGUAGCUCAUAGUAAAUGAUCAAUAAGUGGGGACUUUUGUUAUCAGAAUAGUAGGUCGAGUUCAGGAAGGUGGCUGUCAAGCAGCGACAGAGGAUCAGCUCAUUGCAGAGCCAGUUACCUAGAGUGGUACGGGCUGGAAGAGUGAAGGCAUCAAGUGCCAUGCUGGGAUGAAAACCCACACUAAAUCCACACUGAAGUCACACCAACCUGGGGGGACCUUCUAAUGCUGAGGAUUCCACCUUGUCUUGAAACUCAUGAUGCCUGUGUCCUAUCAAAAUCACUGAGGAUGUUUCAAGGAGUCUUGUCCCCCAACCCCCAGACACACAAGCAUAUAUACACACCCACACGCGCGCGCGCGCGCACACACACACACACACACACACACACAGACAGAGACACAGAGAGAGACACAGAGAGAGAGACACAGAGAGAGACACAGAGAGACAGAGAGAGACAGAGAGAGAAAGUCAGAGACAGAAAGUCAGAGACAGAGACAGAGAUGCUGGGAACCAGAAUUUCAAUUUUGUUUCCAUCUUCCCGCAUCACCUUUUAAUCUUUUCAGUCUUGGGGUUUGUCUCAGUUUCUUCUCCACUGUGGUGGUUUGGAAGGGUUUCUGAAGGAGGACUUGAACAGAUGGCACAAACAGAAACACUACUCCUUCAAACACACACACACACACACACACACACACACACACACACACACACACAAAAUUGGCUUUAAGACAUAAACUCCUAAGGAUGGAUUUCUUUUGCCAAGAAAGCUUAUUUGAUCUCUGCUCUGGACUGGCAAGGAAUACCCUAAUCUCUGCUCCUAUGUGCAAGCUGCUGUUUUAACCAGGCUUAAUACAAAACACAAUCAUCAAAUUGGAUUUGCAGGCACUCAUUAGCAUAAGACACAGCUUGUGUAAUCACCAUCAAAGAACCAGAGAGAGGCUGUGAGCAAAGUGGCAUUGCAGUGCUCAGGGGUCCUCAGCUUACUUAUUUCUUUUGUCAUCAGCAAAUGGUUGAUUUUUGUCCUUGAAGUACCAGGGUGCAGCAAGAACAGAGGUUGUCAUGUGGGUCUUGCUUUUGUGGAGACGUCUCUGCUAUUUCUCUCUCGUAGUAAUGGUGUACUACUUCUAGUCCACAGGAUGGCAGGAAUAAAUAUAAUGCUAAUAAAAGCCACUUUAAGGGAGAUCUAUCAGCUUCCUAUAAUUUGCCACCUGGGCAGUUUUCUAGGGCAGAAGAUCAAGGUGUUGAUAAAGCACGGUCCUGUCCUUGUGUUACACAUGACUAGAGAAAUAUAAACUAUAUAAAAUGCAUUAAGUUCUAACACAGAGCACAGGCAGUGGCAGGCUAAUUACCACUGCCGAGCACUAGGCAGCCUUCCCUGACCUCGAUAACUAGUUCUAAUGCUCCAAUAUACUUUUGAAAGCCCAAGUCCUCUUCAUUUGUAGCAUUUACCACAGCAGGAAAAUGCAUUUGCAAGUGACUCAUGCGCUUCUUUACAAUGUAAUCUUUAGAAAAGCAAAGAGCAAGACUCUUUAUUCACCACUGAGUCCUGGGACCUUUCUAUCUGACUCCUGCAUAGUAAUAGGUCCUUAGUUGGUUGAAUAAGACAGUGGAUAUAAGGUUUAGGAAAUCUGCUCAUAAAAGAGAAUAUUUGAAUUGUGUUUUGAAAAAAAUGAAUGGAAAAAUGCAUUCAAAAUAGCAAAGAAAAAGGCAGGAGUAGGUGGGUGUGUGGAGGAUCACCCUCAUAGAAGCAGGGGAUGGGGGUUUGAAGAGGGGAAAUUAGGAAAGGGGAUAACAUUUGAAAUGCAAACAACUAAAAUAUCCAAUAAUAAAUUAAAGAUAUCUAUGAAACAACAGUAAUAAAUAAUAAUAAUAAUAAUAAUAAUAAUAAUAAUAAUAAUAACUUAAAAGAAAAGGAUGCUUUUAUUGGCCAUUGGUUAUAGAUUUGUCAUAUUCCCUGCUCAAGUUCAUGUACCUGGACCUUUAAGGAGCUAAGUUUUUCAGUGUAAAGUGCCUGACAUAAAAACAUGAAGGAUCUCUGGAUUUUAAGAGCAGUGCAGUUCCUAUCACUCUCUGAUAUGUCUUUGAGUACAUUGCUUGACUUCUCCGGGUCCAUUAGAUAGCAACUGCAGAUGUCAUCCUGAGUUACAUGCCUCUUUUAUAAUUCCUUUAUUACAUGUGCAAGACCUCCCUGUCUUGGUUCCCUACACCCCACUGUAAAUGGACACUAUGUCAGCCAUGUACCUACUGCAAAGUCCGUGAUUUUGAAUGCCUGGUUUGACCCCAAGCCAUCCAACUUCCAAUUGUAUGGGUGGAUUUAAAUCAUAAUCAAUUGUUCUUUUGGCUUGAUAAGGUAUUACUGUGAAACUCUCACGGCUCUUGAUCGUUUGUUUCCUUACUUGGAUAUUACAAAGUCAAGAGUGUCCAUAUUGUAUCAGAAAUUAUGGGAUCUCAAGUCUUUAUAAAACAUAUAUCUAAGAACUUUGUGCAUGAUUGCUACCUAUUUACUGGAAGGGUCUUAUGGCAGUGCUCUGAAAGCUCCUGAAGAAACUGACAAGACCAAGGAAUCUAAGAGGAUUGCAAGGAGGUUGCACAUGAUACUGGCUUAGAGAAAAAUAGGUGUUUUGAACAUAUCUUUAGGGAGGGAAUAUUAAGCAUAUGAGAAAACCUUGGUUAAGAGACUUAGAAAUGUAUGGAGUGUUUCAGGUGAGUUUAGCUGGUUUUAUAGGAGAAAAUGGACACCAUGAAUACAAUGAGAUAUCAAUGGAAAUGUGGGAAAUUAUCAGAGCAAGAUGCAAUAUCUAUUUUGAUACAAUGACUUCUAGAUCUAAAUGACCAUCACUGUAUUAUAGGAUACAUAUAAAAAAGUCUGGAUUUAAUGGAUAUUGCCACGUUAUUUAAUGGAUGGUAGAUUGAUGAUGUCUUAAAGUAAAAACAUUGAUCUGACUUAUUUACUUAUUAGAAUCAUUCACUUACACUGACUGACUGACUUGCUCGCUCACUCACUCACUCACUCACUCACUCACUCACUGUCCCACACACUUACUAAUAAUUCACAAAACUUACUGUUACAAACUCACCCAUUCUCACUCAUUAAUCAACAUGUUGAAGGUUAAGUUUUUCAUCGUUAUUUCCAUAACUGUUUUGUCAACUUGAACCUCAUACUUCUCACUUUAUAAAUAGAGGAUUAAAUAUUUAUUAUUUAUUAGAUUUUAAAUUAUACUGAAUUACAGGCAAGAGUACUCAAAAUAGAGGAUGUAUCCUCACUCCUCACUGACCUUUGCCCUAUUCCUCCCUACCUCAUUAUUUCCUUUGUCUACUUAGAAAGUUUUGUUUUUAUGUUUGCAUCUUGAAUAUAUAUGCUUUGAUGAAGCUAUAAGGCUAGAAUCCUAAAAUGGGAGGAAAUAAGACCCUUUUUGGAGACUUAAUGAUAUUACCUUAAGUAUAUAUAUAUAUAUAUAAUAUUUACAUAAUAUCAUGUGCAGUUGUAUUUUCCUUCAAAUGACAUGAUGGUAUCUUCUUUAGAACUGAGAACUAUUCUACUGUGUGUACAUAAAACCUUUUCUCUACUCAUUACUUUCUUGGCAGAUACCUAGGUUGGUUCCAUAACUUAUUGAUUAUGACUAGUAUUGGCACAAACUAUGAUAUAAAAGCUUCUCUUUAAUGUGUUGACUUAGAUUAAUUUAGGUAAAUAUCCAGUGGUAGUAUAUAGCAAGGUCAUAGGACAGGUUUUGUUAUAAUAAUAAUAAUGAUAUUAACUAUCAUUAUUAUUAUCAUUAUUAUCAUUACCACCAUCACCAUUACCAUCACCACCACCACCACCACCAUCAUCAUCAUCAUUUUGAGGAUCCUCUGAACUGACAUCUAUAAUGACUAGACUAGUUUCUCCCAGCAGUAUAGAAAGGGUCUGUUUCUCAACAUUUUUACCAGUAUUUGUUUGCUUUUUUUCCUUGAUGGUUAUCACUUUGGCUAGUGUGAAAUGGAAAGUCAAUGUAGUUUUUACAUGUCUCUAAUGUCUCCUGAUGUUGAAUAUUAUCAUGUUUAUUGGGCACAUGUUUACCAUCAAUUAAAAAAUAUCUACUCAUCUCAUUAGCCCAUUUAUUGAGUGCAUUAUUUGUUUGUUGUUGUGUAGUUUUUGAGUGAUUUGUAUAUACUAGAUAUUUAUUCUCUGUCAGAUAUGUAGCUAGAAAGAUCCUCUCCCAUUUAGGCUGUCUCUUUCCUUUAUUCUUUUUUCUUUGCUACAAAAAAGCCUUUUAGUUUUAUGAAAUCUUAUUAGUCAGCUAUUGGCCCUGUUUUCUGAGUAUCUGGAAUCCCAUUCAGAAAGAACCUGAAGUUUUUCCAUCUAUGGUUUAGAGUUUCAGAUACUAUAUUAGUGCAUUUUAAAUGUCACCAUUCAAAUGCAGUUUGUUUCAAGAUAAAAUAAUAAUUUUGUAAAAACCAAAAUGGACGGACAUACAUCAGCCAAUACCUCAUUAAUACUAUGGAAUAAAUUAAUGUUUUAUUAUAAUAAUUGUUAUAAAAUGUAUAUUCAUGACCUGAGUAUGAUGGUUCCUGCCUGUAAUUCCAGUACUUAGUAUGUUGAGGAAGGAAGACUGACACAAGUUUGAAGCAAAUCUGAGCUAAAUAACAACUUCUAGGCAAGUCUGGGCUGCAGAGUAAUAUCUUGUCUCAAAAUGAAGCAAACAAACAAAACCAAAAUAUUUAUAUAUGUAUAUGAUCUUGAAAAAAAUCUCCCAAACAUAAAGACUAGUCCCUAGAUCCAGAUGUAGAAAAUUAUCCACAUCCCAGGAAUGGACCGUGCUCCUUGUCAGUCAUUUUCAUAUAUUAACAGUUACUCUGUUUGAUACCCAACAGCAGAGAGUACUUUUACUUGGUUUUGGAUAGAUUUGUGCAAAUAUGACCAGGAAUUAUGGGUUUUUUCAUGACUGACUUUUAAUUAUAACUAAACAUAAUUUUGCAAAUUGUGCCUAUUGCUAUCUAGAGAGAGCAUAGAGUAGUGCUUCAUAGUCUGUCAUAUUUGUCCAAAGCAUGGAUAUGCCACAUUUAUACCUUUUGAUGAGAUCUUCCAUCAGUGGUGCAUUGCAAGACAUGAUGAUGGCACCCAAUCCAUAUGUGUACAAUGGACUUAGCUGUGGUAAUUUUCCAAAGCGGCCAUAUCAGUGUAGACUGAGAUACUAAUUACUAUAGUUUGUUUAUAUCCCAUGCUCUCACUUGGUAUUGUCUGUAUCUUCUCUUGGAAUUCUAGUCAUUGUGACAUCACAUGUUAUGAUUUUAAUUUGCAUUUACUGGAUGGCAAAUUAUACUUAACAUUUUUCUUCAUAUAGUUGUCAGGAUUUGGCACCGUAACUUGGUGUGUGAUCUGAGGUUUCUUUUGCCACGUUCAUCUUCUAAUACUCUCCAGUUGUCAUGAAAAGCAGCUAUUAGAACUCAAAUUCAAAGUCCACACUGAGGAAGAAUGGGAUAGAAGCCCAGGAGAGAGGACUUUCUGUGCUCUGUCUGUUUUCUUCCUAUCUUGGAGGUUGGCUUAGGCUGAUCUCACACUUCAGUCUUUAUUGUGCGCACAAACAAUUCCCAACAGAAUGUCUGAUGCAGCCAAUGAGUGAGAGUAUUGUGAACAAUGGACAUUCUAAUAAGGCCUCGCUGGGGAGCACACCAACAAGGACUAGAUCUAUACUUUUUCUGGAUGUCUUUAUGGAUACCUGAAGAUACUCUGCCCCUACCUGCUCCCUACUCACCUCUUAUGGUUGAGACACCCUCCUCAGAUGCUAACCUUGUCAGUGGUAAUUAAUGUUUCCAAGUUGAGUUGAGGUGGAUAAAGCUAACCUCUUCCCUGGGGUGACUGAGGUUGGAUGGUCUUGGUGCAUAUCUGUGUCUCACCUGUAUGAACACUGUGCACCUGUUCUCAGUUUCCUGGUUCCUGCAGAGCAGGAAAGGGAGGUAAUGAACCAAAAAGAUCAUGUCUGAAGUACAAGGAACAGUUGAGUUUUCUGUGGAGCUACAUAAAUUUUAUAAUGUGGAUCUUUUUCAGAGAGGGUAUUACCAGAUCCGAGUGACCUUGAAAGUGUCUUCAAGGAUCCCACAUAGACUGAGUGCUUCCAUUGUUGGACAGACAGAGAGCAGCAGCCUGCAUUCAGCCUGUGUCCAUGAGAGUGUUGUGCACAGUCGUAUCUUCCAGAUCUUAUACAGAAAUGAAGAAGUGUCCAUAAAUGAUGCCAUGCUUUUCCGGGUUCAUUUGCUCUUAGAUGGUGAGAGGGUAGAAGAUGCACUGAGCGAGGUUGAGUUUCAGCUCAAGGUGGACCUGCACUAUACGGACAGUGAGCAGCAGCUGAGAGAUGUGACUGGGACUCCGAUGAUCAGCAGUCGCACACUUGGCCUGCACUUCCAUCCCCGGAGGGGUCUGCACCACCAGGUCCCUGUCAUGUUCGACUACUUCCACCUGUCCGUGAUCUCAGUGGCCAUCCAUGCUGCGCUGGUGGCUCUGCAGCAGCCCCUGAUCAGUUUCACUCGCCCAGGAAGAGGCUCCUGGUUAGGCAAAGGUGGCCCGGACACAGGACCAGAACAGCCCACCAUUUCUCUGGAAAACUUGGUCUUUGGAGCUGGAUACUGCAAGCCGACCACCUCAGAGGGAAGCUUCUAUGUUCCUUCAGAGAACUGCAUACAACAUGCACAUAAGUGGCACCGGGAUGUCUGUCUACUGCUCCUUCAUGCCUAUCGGGGCCUCCGACUCUACUUCCUGGUCAUUAUGAGAGACAUUCCUGAGCUGCCCACCAUGGAGCUGGAGGUUCUUGCUGUCGAAGAAACACUUUCUCAGCUGUGCUCAGAGUUACAGAUGCUGAACAACCCAGAGAAGAUAGCAGAGCAGAUCAGUAAGGAUCUUGCGUGGCUGGCUUCCCAUCUGAUGGCUCUGUGGACCCAAUUCCUGGACACAGUAACCCUGCACUCCCACGUGACCACUUAUCUCACCCAGGAGCAUCACACUUUGAGGGUCCGAAGGUUUUCUGAAGCUUUCUUUUAUAUGGAACACCAAAAACUUGCAGUCUUGACCUUUCAGGAAAACCUGAUACAGACUCACAGCCAGCUGUCUAUGGACAUCCGGAACUCAGAGUACCUCACCAGCAUGCCACCACUGCCUGCAGAGUGCCUGGACAUUGAUGGUGACUGGAACACCCUGCCUGUUAUCUUUGAGGAUAGAUAUGUGGACUGCCCUGUCUCAGGGCAUAACUUGAGUGUUUAUCCUAAUUUUGAAGUCCCAGUGACAAGUCCUGCAAUAAUGAAGCUCAAAGGGAAAGAAAAGAGUGUUAUAAAUCAAAAGUCAUCUUCAAGAAAGGAAGCACCCUUAUCUACUACAGAAGCACCUGAGCUGGGCUCUGAUGAAGAUGUUAUUCAGUGUCCAGAGAUGGAGGAGAAUGUUUCCACACAGAAUCCAAUGGAUGUGUGUUCAGAAUCUCAAGUGUACCUAUCCAUUGGUGAAUUUCAAAACAGAGCAGGCAUACCUGAAGAUGAAUGCUGGACUGGCCCAAGGCCCGAUGCUGUAAAAGAUUCACUAACAGAUGUGGACAUAUGUAGGAGAAGUCCAGGCCCCGAAGAAGGGCAUACCCCAGCAUUGACCUACAUUGAUGUGGAAUCUAGCAAUAAGAACUACCCUAGAGCUGAGCCCGUGCUGGGACUUAAUGUUCAGCAUGAACCCAGGGGCUCUAGGGACAGCUAUGGUAUUGUUAAGACUAUGCCAAGCAAAGUUUUAGCAGGAAUAAGUCAGAAUAAUUCUAUCUCUGUAAACCAAACAGCUGCUCUUGAGUUGAGGACUCUAGGGAGGGGAGUCGGCCAGGAGGGAAAGCCUGUACUGCUAAGUCUGAAGCUCACCCCUGCUGAGCCCUGUGACCCACUGAGCACUGGUCUGAGGGAAGCUUUGGACACCAAGCCUUCCCUGCCUGACCCUGGGGAAGAGCCGGAAGAUCUUUCAGUACUCUCUGGCGUUAUCAAGAGGUCAGCCUCCAUAAUAUCUGACUCAGGCAUCGAAAGUGAGCCAAGCUCCGUUGCCUGGUCGGAGGCUCGAAGCAGAGCCCUGGAGAUACCCAGUGAUCGCGAUAUUUUACAUCAGGUGGUUCGAAGGCAUGCCCACCACAGGAACUCUUUGGAGGGUGGUCACACAGAGAGUAACACUAGCCUGCCCAGUGCCAUUCAAGCUUCUCUUUCCUCCAUCAGCUCAUUGCCUUUUGAAGAUGAGGAGCGUGAGUUGGCACUUACCAAGCUAACCAAGUCUGUGUCUGCACCCCAGAUCAGCAGCCCUGAGGAUACUGCUGAAGAUUCAGACACCAUAAAGAAUACAGCAGGAUUUUCUGAAGACCUGGACCUUUCUAGCAAGGACAACAGUUCGUCCAGAUACAGUUCUCCUUCUUAUAGUGGGUCUAGGGUCCAGGAUGUUAGGGCAGGACAUUCUCUUGCAGAUAUAGCUGUGGCUUCUGACAGACCCCAGGGCCCUGGGUACAUGGAUAUCCAUAAAGGCAACGAGAAUCACCCUGAUCUUCAAGGACCCUGUUGUCUGGAUGCCAUGGCUGAGAACAUACCACAUGUUGAAACCAAAGGUCUUAAUUUAAAAAUACCAUGUACUACAGUGCUUGAAAAUCCUAAGACCAGGUCUUUUCAUAGAACAGCAGUGGAAACUGCGAAAGGUAAAGCUAAAGAAUUGAGCCUGAGUAAACAUAUGCUUUCCAACAACAGCAUCUCAGAAGUCAGGGCUGCGUCUCACCACAGGGUGCCUGAAAUCAGUUGUGCACCAGCUGUCGGAGCUGGCCACUUGCAUUCCACAGGUGUACAAAAUGGUUCAUUAAGUGUCAAUGAUACCAUGACGUUGAAUCGAAGACAUAAUGCCUCUCCGGAGGCCAAACAUGAAGCAGGCACUGUGUGCCCCACUGUGACUCACACUAUUGCCUCCCCAGUGUCACGAAACCAAGAGCUGAAGGCAGGAACUUCCAUCUCUGGGUCCCACUUGAACUCCACAGAGGCCUUUACUCUCGAUAGCCUGAAGGCAGUGGAAGUUGUUAACUUGUCUGUGUCAUGCACUGCCACAUGUCUCCCUUUCUCAUCUGUGCCCAAGGAGACCCCUGCUAGGGCUGGACUCUCUUCCAAACAAAGCCCAGCACCUAUUACUCAUCAACCUCUGGGCUCCUUUGGCGUUGUUUCUACCUACUCCAGCGAGUUGGAAGAAGAAGUCAGUGAAAGGAUGUUUAGUUUUUAUCAGGCCAAGGAAAAGUUUAAAAAAGAACUGAAGAUUGAAGGAUUUCUGUACAGUGAUUUAUCUGUACUAGCUUCUGAUAUACCAUAUUUCCCACCAGAGGAAGAGGAGGAGAACUUGGAAGAUGGGAUUCACCUGGUGGUCUGUGUCCACGGCCUAGAUGGAAACAGUGCUGACCUCCGGCUAGUGAAGACAUUCAUAGAACUGGGGCUCCCUGGGGGAAAACUGGACUUCUUAAUGUCUGAAAAGAAUCAGAUGGACACAUUUGCAGAUUUUGAUACCAUGACAGAUCGAUUGUUGGAUGAGAUUAUUCAACACAUCCAGUUGUACAACCUCUCCAUAUCCAGAAUUAGCUUCAUCGGCCAUUCUCUUGGCAACAUUAUCAUCAGAUCGGUCCUCACAAGGCCCCGGUUCCGGUAUUACCUCAACAAACUCCACACAUUCCUGUCAUUGUCUGGGCCUCACCUGGGGACUCUAUACAACAACAGCACCCUGGUUAGUACUGGCUUGUGGCUCAUGCAGAAACUGAAGAAAUCGGGUUCCCUUUUGCAGCUGACCUUCAGGGAUAACGCUGAUCUGCGCAAAUGUUUCCUCUACCAACUUAGCCAGAAAACAGGGCUGCAGUAUUUUAAAAACGUCGUUCUGGUUGCUUCUCCUCAAGACCGCUAUGUGCCAUUUCAUUCAGCCAGGAUCGAAAUGUGUAAAACUGCCCUUAAGGACAGACACACAGGGCCAGUGUAUGCAGAAAUGAUCAACAAUCUCCUGGGCCCUCUGGUAGAAGCCAAGGACUGCACUCUGAUCAGACACAAUGUGUUUCAUGCUCUACCGAACACUGCCAACACCCUGAUUGGCCGCGCAGCUCACAUAGCCGUGCUGGACUCAGAACUCUUCCUUGAGAAGUUUUUCUUGGUGGCAGGACUCAACUAUUUCAAGUAGUAGUUUCCAGGGAGCAGCCUGGGUGACUGGCCAGAGCUGUUUAAGAUCAGCUGAGUUCUUAGCUAGGCCAUGCUUUUCCAUACCUCUGUAUUCCAGAGUGGAGUAGAAGGAAAGUGGAGGGUGUGGAGGGAUGAAGCUGGGGUGGGACUGGACACUAGAGAUGCUUGUAUUUGAGACAUUGGGGAAGCUGAACAAACAGUGUAAAAGAUAACAAAUGUUUUCUUGAAUUUGUCUAGCUUCCUAGAGUCUCAUUCAAGAUGCUUCUAGGGACAAUAUAAGAAAAUAAGAAACAGACACUUGCCAUUGGUGAGCCCGGCUUUAUCACUACUCUGGCUCAAGGGAAUUGGUUCAACUUACCUAGAGUUUCCCAAUUUGUCACUAGGUCAUAGCUUUAUCAUGUGUUGAUUCAAUUAAGUGCACACAAACAUUUCAGAACUCAGGUUAACUUCUGUGUGGAAGUGAGGCAUCUUCUUGUAAAUAGAACCCUUAAUAGAUCAAAUGUACCAUUUGUUCAAAAAAUUAUUCUAUUCAUGUUCUCAUCCUCUCCGUAUUUUCUAAAGAAAGGACAAAGGCAAAUGGGAUAAACCCACAUCUUACCUUCUAGCAACAGUAGGUAAGAGUGACUUAGGGAAAAGAGAGCUAAAGGUAGGACUGUUGAUGAAUACAGGUUUGAUAUAAAAAGAAAGAGCUCUAGGGAGCAUAGUGACCUAAUUGCCCCAUCUACUUCCUUAAACUUUUUCUAUGCAUAGUUCGGUCCAUAAAUUGAUUUUUUGUUUUGUUUUGUUUUGUUUUGUUUUGUUUUUUUUAUGCUUAAAUUCCUUUCUGAAAUGGGGAAGCCGGAGAGAAACUCUCCCUAGCAGAAAGUGGCAGUCAGAUGAAUGUAUUCAUGUAUGAAACUCCUGCUGAUGCACUUCCAAAGACAUGCUGGAUUAGCCUUGAAUGCUAGAGCAAAAAAAUCAAAAUCAUUAACAUGGCCAGCUGCUGCUCCUCUCCUUGCAGGGAGAGAGGCAUCCUAAGAGAGGCAUGCUGGAUAAAGAACCUCAGGGGAGCUCUCAGAAGGGUGCUGUUAUCUUUCAAUAGUGAUGUCUUUAUGCCUUAGGAAAAUAAAGGGCUAGGAAAGACCACAUUUGUAGAAACUAACAGAGAGCAGAGACAAAAGUAAAGGAGAAUGGAAAACAAAAGCCAGACUAAAGACCUGAUUUAAAGUGUUCUUGGUAAGUGACUGAUGCAGAAGUUUUAAAAGAUAACCAGGAUAUUUAAAAUGGUCCCUAAGUCUAUACACUUUGUAGUAUAAAAGGCAAAAAGAGGAAAAUUUAGCUGUCUAGAAGCAAUGCAUGAACCAGGUCAGCACAGAUGAUCAUACUAGAGAUAAAGCCCAUAAUUUUUGCAGAAGUAUCCUUCACUGUAUAUAGAAACCCAGCUCACUGAUCCCAUGAGAAGAAAGCCAUUUAUGGGUGCAUGUGGCAACCAUAAAUUCAGUAAAUUCAGACCAUGAGAAAUGAGUUCAGACUAGCAGUUUGCAGGACAGUGAACUUGUGGGUGGUACUGAGAGGGAUCUGACAGCUUUGACUCCCUACAGUGAGUUCAGAGUUUCUCCAUGGAUCAUUUCUGCAUUUCUUUAUAACCGGUCUUACUGCAUGUUCUCUUGAGAUCCUGAGUCAGGGUUUGGCACAGACACUACCUACUCAGUCGCACUGACAUGUUGGCAUUGUUUCUUGGAGAAAUUUUUUCCCUAGCCACACAACCCAGGAUCUUGUGACUCAGACAAGUGCUGCCGCUUAGAGCAGCAUGGUCAUACUGUAGCAAAUUCUUUUUUUGGCUAUGUGUGGAGCCCUGCCUGUCUGGUCUCAUAUGCUUGUUCUGUGUUGUGUUUCUAACCCUCAGCAGCAGCGUUUUUCAACUCCUGGUCAUUUGAAAGACCAUAUAGUAUUUAUGGAGCCAGAAUGAAUUUGAUGAUCAUUGUCUUUUCCAAUAAUCAGAUGCCAUUUUUAACUUCAAUAUGCUGUCUGGACAUAGUGAGAACUAAAGGCAAUAACUGUCCAGCUGCAUGGGACACCUCUUUUAGGUGUCCUGCUGUCUUUGUAAGCCCUAUCUGGCUUCUGAGUAUCCAUUAUCAUCAUGUUGAAAGUGUUCUCAUGUAUUGUAAAUAAGAGUGUCAAGUAUUGAGUGUCAUGCCUCAUUUGAAAAGGCUUUUUUAUGUCUCUUUCUAUUAAAGACUAUAUAUAAAUAAUAUAUAUCAAUAUACAUAAAAUAAUAUAUGUAUAAUGUAAACAUGGACAUUCUAUUAUUGGUUAUAAAAAUGAUAAACAAAAUGCCUGCCAAGGUAAUGAUCCAAUGUGUUUCCAUCCUCAGUUCUCUUUUUGUGUUUUGUUUGUAUGCUUAGUCGUUUCCCCAAACUAGUUAGAAAUAAACAUUACUAACCUUGAGCUUAUUUGGGAUUUGUUGCUCAUGAACCAAAUAAAUUCAGAGAAAGAAAUAGAAACCUAAAGCAGUCUGGAGAAAUCUAACGACCUCAGUGACAGCAGAAAUCAGGUGCAGUGUUGAGAACAUGGGAAAGGAUGAAAACAAAAACAUGUCUUACAAACAGCUAAAAUCCCAUGACUUUGUGAGCUUCUACCUAUGCUAGACAAAAGUCCACAGACAACAUGUGAAGUUUGGCACUUGGGAACUCAAGAAGAACACACCUGUUUGUUUGUUUUUUUUUUUUAUCUAUUCAAGAAUAUCUAUGCUAGAGCUCUGACCCGGGGAAGAGUGUUGUAGAAUUUUCGCUUCCAUUGUCUCUGUAAGAGCAAGCAGACAGCCUUAAAAGUGAGAUAUAAAGAGGGCCAUUUGUCCACAUACCCAGAUAUCAGUGUGCUCUCUCCCAGUGGCAUUCCUCAACUAACUACAUCUGUAUGGGCAUUGUCUCUGUGCUGAGAGGCAUUGGUAUGUCUGGCAGCUCAUGGCUUAGCAAGCAAACAAACAAACAAACAAACAAACAAAAAAGUGAAAACUGAGGUUGGGGACCCUACAGAUGCUGAAGAGCUAUUAUAAGUGCCCAGAGGCAGGACUCUUAUCUAUAUCAGAAAAUUGCCUCCUCUUAGGAAUCCUUCCCCUGAGGAUGUUUGAGUCUUACUAUAAAGUCUGAACCAAGUAUAGGUCUGGUGAAGGUCUGUUUGAGGCAAUUUCUAACAAAGGGAAGAGAAUAACUGAAGAAAUCAAGGGAUAUGGAGGAAUGUGUAUAAAGGAGAACAUGCACAUUAAAGGGCAGAUAGAGAAUCUGAGCAAUAGUGACAAAAGAAGGUGUGAGAAUGUUCCAUUCAUGCAACAUUUUAUUCUUAUGCCAGGAGGAAGUUGCCAUUACCUCCAAGUCAGAAGGGAGGGACUCUACUAGGAAAUGAGACGCCCAGGUAGCAAGCCUGCCCCUUUAUGUUAUCCUAACCCUCUCCUAUGCCUGUUUUAGAGACCCUUGAUUCUCCACCCCCUGCCAUGGCCAUGUUCUUUCUACCACUCAUUACUGAACUUUUCCUUUGGAAGCACAUAGCAGAAAUAUCUGCCGCAUUUCAUUUUCAGGAUAAGACAAAACAUGCAAGAGCUGCUUGAAAAAAAUUAUUCCGUCUUUUAAUAAUUCUUUAAGAAUUUCAUAUACACAUCCAAUGAAAUAAGACCAUAUCCCAUCCCCAACCCCCCUUCACACUUAUCUCAAAUCAUCCUGCUUUUCAUCCCCUCCUAACCUCAUUAUGUAGUUAAGAGAAGUUCCCCUGUAGGCCUGGAUGUACAGCCAUCCAUUGGAGCAUGAGAAACCUUGGGUAGAAACACACUUAAAGGACAAGAGAUCUCCCUUCCCUAAGAAGUUAGCAACUGCCAAUAGCUCCUUGGUAAGGAGUGGGGGCCAAAUAUCAAUUUCCCCAUCUAAGUGGGAGCUUUGUUUGUCUUUAUAUUAUGUAGGUCUUGUGGAAAUGACCAAAAUUGAUGUGAAUACAUGAACAUGAUAACCAUGUCAUAUCCCAAAGACACCAUUUCACAACAUUCUUCUUACUUCCCUGCUCUUAUAGUCUUGUUUCCCUGUGUUUCUGCAAUGCACAUUAAUCCUGCUCAGGGUGGAGUAUUGAUAAACAUAUUUCAUUUUGAUUGCGCACUCUAACCAGUUAUGCAUCUCUGCAAUGAAUGACUGCUGCCCAAUGCGAAAGGAAACUUCUCUGACUAAAGUUGAGAACAGCCCCUGCCUGUGGGUAGACAUAAACAUUUAGAAGGCAAAUUGAAAAAUAUGACCAUUUAGUAAAAUAAAUAUGUAGAUUCUAUCCUAGUGCCCAUGACCUCUCCUGACAUUGGCUUUUGCAUUACUACAAACAAAAUUCCUUUCUGUGGAGAAGAUCUAGAAUCCAGUCAUGCUGUUUUCAUGCAGUGUUGCAUACACUAUGUUCAAAUUAUAUUGGUGGUAAAGUUAAGUAUUUAUUUAGCUAUUUUGGAGUUGAGGCUUGAAAAUUGAGCCUUCAUUCUAUUCUUUGGCUAUGGUACUUUUAAUACAGAGUCAAUGGGAAAAGGCAUAGUUAAAAAAAUCAAAAGCAGACUACUCCUAAGUCAUGAAUGACCUUGUGAGAUUCUAUCAUAACAUCUUGUGUAAAACAACCACCUAACCAACAAAUUAGAUGGCAUAGAAAAUACUUUUCAUUAGCAAAGGUGGUAUCACAAAUCUUUGUCAGUGAGAGAAGUUGGAGGAUAAUUGGAUUGCUCCAAUAUUGGAAGAUCGUCUAUGUUGCUCCAUCUCUCUGUCUCCAGGUUAUCUUUUCUCCAUACAAUAUCAUUCCUGAAACCAUGAUGUCUAUGCUUUCUGUCAUUCACAUCCAAGGCUAGCAGACAUGAAUUCAUCCCUAUAAGUCCUUUUACAAAGGGGCUUGGACCACCACUCAACUAUUCACAGAGGAGAUAUCCCUCUGCAUAAUAAAUCCAAGCCCCAAUAUAUUACCAAUUCACUUUAUUUUCAUAAACUUAUAAAUUCAUCCAUGCUUAAGAUUUCUACCACAUUAAUAUAUUUCACUUAUUUUGGGGCAAGCACCAUAUGUAAUCUAUUCAUGAAAACCUGAGUCUCAACUCUUAGCUUGGAACAAAAUAGGGAGGAAACAAAGGUAGUUUUAUGGAAUGUUUGGUUUGUAAAAUAUCAUUUUUUGAAAGCCUAUGCUUUUUCUUCAAUUUUCAAUCUCACUCAGAGCAACUGAAAUUUAUGUAGGAACAACUCAGUACUACAUAUGUUGAGGCCCUGUGCUUCUGGUUCUUCUGAAUUCACUGGAACAGUGGCAUCAUGAGGCAAUAAAUUACAAUAGUGUCAUGUCAUGAGAAGAGUCUAUUAUCUCACUUAUGAAACAGGUUUUGAAAAUUAAUAUUGAAAAGCAAUUCCAAAAUGAGACAAGAAAAAUAAAUCUGGAAGAGAAAUUGCUAGGUCAGGAUCUGCGGAAGCUUGGAAAUAUUUUGUAGCAAUAAGGUUAAUGGAGGGACAAUUUUGUUGGAAUCACAAAUGUGCUCUAUGAUAUAAAAGUGAUUUAUAGGAUGACUUCAGGAACAGUCCCAUGUCUUACACUUUAGGCUUAGGCAUUUAUCAGUUGAAAUAGUCCAUCUUGACCCCAAGUGCUUCUACCUUGCAUAUAUGUAAGUUGUUAAUUCAGUGUGUGAUUGAUUAGAUUUUCAAUAAUUUUUCUACUCAGGGCAUAUCAUCAGCCGUUACUAAAGGUUGAGGAAAGUUUGAAACUUUGACACAUAUCUGGAAAAAGAACUAAAUCGAAGAGUAUUUGGAGACUGAAAUCUGUAAAUGUCAGUCUGAUUACUUUAUACUGCUCCCAACUGCAGAGAUAUUUUUAAAUGUCGUUUGGCUCAAGGCUACAUUAUUAUAUGUGGAAAACAAUUUUUCUCAUUUUCAUACACCAAGAAAAUUCAAUAAUAAGGUGCAUAACCCCUCUCUCCCUCCCUCUCUCUGCAUAUGUGUGUGUGUGUGUGUGUGUGUACACACAGAAAAACUGCAUUAUUUUGCAUCUAAAAAUCAUUGUUCAUGAAGUCAUAAUCAUUUUCAAUGUCUUGCUAAAAUGUCUAUGACUUUUAUCCAUUAUUUGCCCAUAAUUCACUCUCAAAUAUAUUUCUCUUAUAAACAUCAUUUAUUUGAUAGUUUCUUGACUCUUUGCUAAGUCUAGUUGGCUAUAGAAAGUAUUAUAUUAGAAUGCUUCCUUUAAUCUGGUGGGAGGGAAAGAUGGCUACAUGAGUAUCCCAGGAUAGACUGAACUAAGAGUGCUGGGGGGUGUGGAUGAGAAUAUGGUCUAACAUUGGACCAUCCUCCUAAUCUUGGGCUUUAAGUGGCCUAUGUGGGUCUGGACGCAGAUAACUGAUAAUCCAGGAUAUGUUACAGUGACGUCAUCUCUGCCUCUUAGGUAGGAUUGCAAUGCUUCCUUGCAUACAGCUAGCAUUCCUUCCUCACUGUCAAGGUACAAGAUUUUAAGAAGUCAAAGGUCCAUGUUAAAAUCCAGUCUGCCAAGGAGCUCUUCCUGCACAGAGGCAUAAUAGGUGGCUGCAAUGUAUAGCCUUUGAAUGUUCUAAAGACUCUAAGGGAUGCUUCUGCAUUUUUCCACUUAGCAGAUAAAUAUAGUUGUGCAAGCAAAUAAGAGGCACAUAAUGGCUUGCACAAGCAUGGCCUUGCUUAGAUAAGAAAUUGCCUUGGACUAAUGUCCACUGAUAACAUAAGGCUACAAGAUUGCUUAUUUUAACUUUUAUUUUAUUUUUGCAAAUAUUGCCUACUUUCAGAUGAUGAAGAAAGGUAAGAUAUUUUGUCAUGGUCUCAAAGAGGGGACUUGUAGGUAUAUCCUGAUGUCACUGUGAUUUCUAACUCAUAUUUACUCUGCUGAAAAAAAUAUAUAUACAGCAGUCAAUCUCCAAACAACCUUGCAAAUAUCUGUGACACAAAAAAUUUAACCAUAACAUAGUCAUCUGUGCCAAUAAGUUUCACUAUUUUUCUACAUUUGCUUCUUGGUUGGCAUUUUGUGUAACAUGUGAUGUGUAUAAAUGACAAAUAAUAAACCCCUUUAAUUCUUUUACCAUAA